AUUAUUUUUUACGCGAUGUAUAUAAACACUGUACCUCUCUUGCAAUCCCACCAAAAUACACUCCCAACAUCGCCGAUCUACGUCGGGGUUUCUGUACCACUCUCUCUCUCUCUCUCUCUACCCUCGCUCUUCUCAGACCAUCAGCCCUCAGGGCCAUUCCAAUCGAUUUUCCAUUUUCCCAAGAAUCAGAUAUUGACACAAAGAAGGAUGGCAACAUUUGAACUCUAUCGUAGGUCCACCAUUGGCAUGUGCUUGACCGAAACAUUGGAUGAGAUGGUUUCGAAUGGGAUUAUGAGUCCUGAACUUGCUAUCCAAGUCCUUGUUCAGUUUGACAAGUCAAUGACUGAAGCUCUGGAAGCCCAAGUUAAGAGCAAGGUGACCAUUAAGGGGCAUCUGCACACCUACAGAUUCUGUGACAAUGUUUGGACGUUCAUCCUACAAGGUGCAUCAUUCAAGACUGAGGAAAGCCAGGAAACUGUUGGUCAGGUUAAGAUCGUGGCAUGUGACUCAAAGCUGCUCACGCAAUGAGAUUCCACAGAUUAACGGAACAGUGUGUCCAAAAAAGGAGAGUCAGUUUAUUAUUCUCAUGGUAGCAGAAGUGGAUAAAGCGAAGAAAAUGGAGGUUAGUCAGAACAAGUUUCAGUUGCAGACGUUGCGGGAAGAAUGAAGACAAUUCAUAGAACCCAUCAACACCCGACUGACAACUACUAUUAUCUGAUGGAUGUUGCUCGGAUCAUGGAUUAAUUUCUUCAGUAUAUAAAGUUUUGGUUAUAAAUUUUGAUACAUUGCCCUGUAGCUUGAGAAUCUGUUAUGGACUCUCCAUUUCAUCAUGAGAAGCUAUGUUUGGUCAUGGUUUCUGACCUAGUAACUUGUUUGUAGUGCACCAUUUUCACGAUAGAUUGCUUAAGAAAGGCCAAGGCCGAAUAGAGCAAGGUUUAGAAAAAGCUUGGUCCAUGUUCUGUGCAAAAACUUCCGUUAUUUUUCUGUUACUUGCUGAUUUUGGUAUGAAAGCUAAGAUUUUUUUG